AUGCCCUACGUCGGCCCACCGUCGUCGUCGUCGUCGCCAGUCGCGACCAUGUCUUUCGCCCACGCGCCGCACCACUUCCACCACACCCCCUCCCCCGCCGUGGCCGCCGCCGCCGCUCCUCGCGCCGAGCUCAAGCGGCCCGCACGGCAUCACCACCGCUCGCACUCGUCCGACCCGAUCGCGAGCACGAGCAACUACAUCUUCGUCCAGCCGGCGACCCCUGACGACAAGGGCGCCGGCCGGCGCGCUCACUCGUGGAUGAGCUCGGCGCCGGCCUCGGCGCCCAACGGCCGCAGCGACGGCUCGACCUCGCCCGGCGGGCCGACGUUCAACACGCUCCCGCGGCAGCAGCGCCGCAUGCGCCUCACGGCCCUCACGCCGGCCGCGAGCGCGGCGGCCGACCGGCCGGCGAGCAUGGCGGGGCCAUCGUCGCAGGACGAGUCGUCGGACAACGCGCGCGCAGGCUCGCCGCGGUCGGGCUCGCCCGGCGCGACGACGCCGACCGCCGCAGGGCAGGAGACGCCGCGAGCGACGGCGCCUCGCAGCGGCGUGUUCGACAACGCGUUCCCGUUCGGCCACUCGGCGUCCGCCUCGGCCUCGUCGUCGUCCCUGCCGUCGCCGACGCUCACCGACGACAUGAUGGUCGCCAAGCCGGCGCUCAUGGUCCGCAAGAAGAGCGGCGAGCUCGUGCGCCCGUCGCUCAAGGCCGACACGUCGAGGCGGGACUUCUCCAAGCCGCGCUCGGCGCCGGCGACGCCGCUGUGCCCAAAAUACGUCCACUUCGACACGCAGCUCGAGCACGUCAAGCACUUCCUCGCGCAGCAGCGUCCGGCGGCCGUGUCGAGGACGGGCAGCCCGAUCGAGACCGAGACCGAGGACGAGCCCGAGUCGUUCCCGUUCCCGGCCAUGGCGCGCGCUCAAGCCGGCACCCUCAAGCUCGUCCUGCCCAACUUCCCGACCCACUCGCGCACCGACCGCGACGCCUACGUCGAGUCGCUCACCUUGACGCCCGACGGCAAGGCGAUCCGCGGCAUCGUGCGCGUUCGCAACCUCGCGUUCGAGAAGUGGGUCGCCGUCCGGUUCACGCUCGACACGUGGCAGACGGUCAGCGAGGUGUCGGGCGAGCACCACGAGUCGUUGCCCGGCGGCCAGGCCGACCGGUUCGUCUUCACGAUCCGCCUCCAGGACCUCCUCGCCAACAUCGACCACAAGGUCAUGUACCUCGCCAUCCGCUACACGGCCGGCGGGCGCGAGACGUGGGACAACAACGACGGCCAGAACUACCGCGUCGAGUUCAAGCGCGUCCCGCUCGCGCCGACGGCGGCGGCAGCAGCUCGGGCGGGAGCGGCGGCGGCGGCGGCGGCGCAGCGCAAGACGGCGUGGAGCGUCACCAACGCGGGCCAGGCCGCCGACCGCAUGGCCGACCUGCGGCGCGAGCUCGACCGCCUCGUGCGCGACGACGCGUUCGACGACGACGAGACGGCCGGCGGCGCGACGGGCGACUCGCACUCGGCGUCGACGGCGUCGUCGUCCUUCUCGAGCGCGACGCACAACACGCUCGGCCUCCCGGCGGGCAGGACGCUCCGCCUCGGGUUCGGGCCCGAGUCGAGGAGCUACUCGGAAACGCACGUCAGCGGUCGCGGCGAGGGGCCGGCGGCAAGCCUGAGCGGGCGCUACGACUUCGGCAACUCGCUCAAGAUGUUCACGCCGGGCGCCUCUAAGGACCCUGCGACCGCCAAGCCGUUCUUCGACCCGGUCUCGACCUCGCCGCAGCGCUCUCGCGCUCCCCCUCUGCCCAACUUCUCGCCCUCUCAGCAGCCGCACAUGCAGCUCGUCGGCGGUCAGCCGGGCACCGUGUUCGACCCGUCGCUGUCGGCGCCGAUCAACUCGCACCGCGUGCCCGGCUCGCCCCUCGAGGACCCUCGGGCCGCCCUUCCUCCCGACUUUGGCGCGUCGAGCACGAGCGCCCUCAAGAGCAAGGCCUACUUCUCGCCGACCCUUCCCUCGGCACCGCCUCGCCCGCACAGCCCGCUGCAACCGCCCGCCGGCUACUUCUACGGCGGCGGGCCCACGGCGGCGCCUGCUCCUCCCGGCGGCAACGUCGGCGGCCUGCCGUACCUCCCGCUCCAGGACUCGACGACCUACGGCAACUUCACGUCGGCGCACACGCGCUACAGCUCGCACCCGGGCCAGUACGGCGCGACGUCGCCGUCGGCGCACGGCCUGAGCGUCACGUCGCCUCGCGCGGCGUCGUUCUCGCCCCUCGUCCCGCCCGCCUUCCGCGAGGGUCGCGGGCGCAACUCGCCCUUCUCGUCGCCGGCGCCGUCGCCGCCGUCGGGCCAAUCGCCGGCAGGCUCGCCGCCCCGCUCGUCGUCGCCGCUGCCCCAGGUCGGCAACGGCGUCGGCAACGGCGCCGUCGGCCGCAAGCUGCGCAGCCCGCCGCCGUCCGAGCGCAGCACGAGCGCCGAGACGAGCGACUGCGACGAGGUGGCGCACCCGUGGAGCCCGGCGACCGACUCGACGAGCUCGACCAUCUCGAGCUCGUCGUCGCUCACGUCUUUCUCGACGGUCCGCCACGGGCACGGCCGCCGCGGCGACAGCGAGUCGUCGAACGCGAGCAGCGUCCUGAGCAGCCCCGAGAGCGACGCGACGAGCGUCGGGCCCGACAGCCCGAGCUUCCCGCCCGGCUCGGCCGUCGCGACGGCGUCGACGGGCGUCGCCGGGACCAAGGGCGCCUCGAUGACGCGCCCGAGCAACGCGCUCGAGUUCAGCAACUUCCUCGACCGCUACCGGUUCCACCUCGGCGCGGCCGGCGGCGGCAACUCGGCGUCGGCGCCCGUCAGCGGCGCGACGGGCGCGCACGGCGGCAACGGCAACGGCUUCACGUCGCCAGCGUCGCAGGCCGGUUUCUUCAACUUUAGCGCCGCGUCGCCGCUCCACUCGUCGACGUCGUCGUCGUCGUCGACGACCCCGCACUCGCCCGUCCUCGGCGGCGGCGGUGGGUCGCCCACGUCGCAGACGGGCUCGGUCAUCGACUCGAACUCGUCGACGCCGCAGAGGCUGUCGCCACUCGCCGGCGUGGAGCCGAGUGCCGGGCCGGCGCCUGCGCUCGUCUCGUGAGCGCGUCAAGCUCGUCACACCACCUCCCCCUCCCUCUCGUCCUUUCUCCUUCUUGCCCAUAUAUCCUCCGUCUGCCUUUUGUUCUUUACCCUCCCUGUCUCUGUGUCACCUCCUCUUUCUGCAGUGCCCCCUCUUGAGUUGGUCUCGUCCACCGCCAGUCGCCCUUCGUCUCUCUCCCUCCUCCUCGUCCCGUGCAUCAGUCCCCCUCGUAUUCGCGCGCUCCCCCUCCUCUCUUCCUCGCCCUCUGUAUCAUGCAGCUCGCCCUCCCUCUCCUCCCUACUACCCUCGCCUCGCUUCUCCCCCUCCCUCCCCGCACGCUCAGAGUAGCUCCCCUUUCUGUCCUCGCGACGACUUGCCGUGGCAACGAUGACCUGUGUGCCCUUU